AGAGUGCGCAUGCGUGCCGACGUUUCCAGCCCCGGAUGGGAGGAGGGGAUGGAAGUGAAGCUGGGCCCCACGGCUCGGGAAGCUCCUUCCCGCUCUUCUCUCCUCCAACGGCGUCCCAGCGCCCACUGGGAGGUGCAGGUCCGAGGGCUACAAGGUAGCUCAGGAGGCUUAACUGAGACGGGAGGGCUCCGGAGCCCCACCCCCGGGGAGGGACCGCCCUGCAGGUUCCCCUAAUCCUCCGAGGUCCCCAAUUCUAUGCCAGAGAUGCGAUUUAGCGACACAGCGUCAGUAGGCUGAGACUAAAGACAUGGUCUCCACCCCUGUCUCCAUGAACUUGUUAACCACUGGCGCCAUCCUCGCCCCUUGCCCUGCUGCCCCUUGGUUCCUCUGCUGGCAAGAUGCUGGAUGGAAGCGUGAAGUCCGAGGCCAGGGUCUCAGAACCUAGUACCACUUGUCAGGACCCGGAGACCAAAGUCCCCAACCAGGACCUGCCGAACCAGGACCUGCCGAGGCCCAGCCAGCCCGCUGCUUCUGGGAGCGUGCCCUCCCGGCCCCGCCGGCGGCCCCCUCCCCAGCGCCCGCACCGCUGCCCGGACUGCCCCAAGGCCUUCUCUUACCCAUCCAAGCUGGCCACGCACCGGCUAGCGCACGGCGGCACCCGCCCGCACCCGUGUCCCGAUUGCCCCAAAGCCUUCUCCUACCCGUCCAAGCUGGCUGCGCACCGCCUCACGCACAGCGGAGCUCGCCCGCACUCCUGCCCGCACUGCCCCAAGGCCUUCGGCCACCGCUCCAAGCUGGCGGCGCAUCUCUGGACCCACGCGCCCGCCCGUCCUUACCCGUGCCCCGAUUGCCCCAAGUCCUUCUGCUACCCGUCCAAGUUGGCGGCCCACCGCCACACGCACCACGCCACCGACGCCCGCCCCUACCCUUGCCCGCACUGCCCCAAAGCGUUCUCCUUUCCCUCCAAACUGGCGGCCCAUCGCCUGUGCCACGACCCCCCAACUGCUCCCAGCAGCCAGGCUACUGGCCGCCACCGAUGCUCCAGCUGCAACCAGGCCUUUGGCCAGAGACGCCUCCUGCUGGUUCACCAACGCAGCCACCACCAACAGGAGGGCCAGGGAGAGAGGGAGUGAGCUCACCUGCCCACUCUGCCUCUAUCACCUGCCAAUAAAGACCUGGACUUUCUAAG